CACGAGUGAAUUUCUCUCUCAUGUCAUUUAAUAAAUGAAUAGACUUAAUUUGGGUGUAUGUCUUUGACUAGGACUGACAUCUUCACCCGCAACACACUUUCAUUCAAUUAUAGAAUCCAAUCCCCACCCAACCUUAGAACCCAUCUUCAACUUUUUUUCUUCUCUUAGGUUUUGCAUUAACUCUUCCUAUCUCCAUAUCCACUAGCUUAAUAGCAAAACGCCGUAUAUAAUUAAUAACUUCACUACAUUUUGGCUAUGGGCGCAAUUCACUACCACCAUCAUCUCCAACACACACCCUCAAGCUUCUCUUUUGCAACAAUAGCCACUUUAGCUUUCCUUUUGCUCACUCCACUUGUUUCAGCUCUGCGUCUCAACCCCACUCAAAGACUCAAUGGUGAGUCUGACGUUGUUGAGCGAGUUGUUACUCAGAGAAGACUAAGUGGACCAGGUUCAUCACCACCUGCCUGCCGAUCCAAAUGUGGAAGGUGUUCACCAUGUAAACCGGUUCGGGUCUCAAUUCAACCCGGUUUGAGUUUUACUUUAGAAUACUACCCUGAAGCGUGGAGGUGCAAGUGUGGAAACAAUCUCUUCAUGCCUUAAAAAUAAAUACUUCCUAGUAGUAGUAGAUUACUCUUGUGUAUUUUUUUUUUUACUUCUUCUUUGUAUUUAAUUUUUUUCACUAUGUACUAAUUAAUCACUUAUUCUAAUGCAUAACCAAUUAGUAUAGCACCAUUUGUUAUAAUCUGAAUUAGAGUUCUUUUUUAGUUGUAAUUUGUAAAGUUUAUUUUUUUUUCUCAUCUUAUUUAACGGAAAGAUUCUGGAAAGAUAAAAAGAAAAGUCAAAAGAAGCAGUUUGUUGUAUAGUUGUAUCAACUGAUUCUUCUCUUUUUCAUGCGAAUGACAGA